AUGAGGAUGCUUCUGCAAGUGCUAGUAUCACUUCAUCUCAUCACAGUCAUCAUCUCCUUGGUAACCAUACUACAGGAAGCAGGGGCAUCUCUGACGAAGCCUGGCUGCCCAGAGAAAUGUGGGAAUAUUACCAUUCCAUAUCCAUUUGGUAUGGGGAAAGGCUGUUACCUGGAUAGGCAUUUCGAGAUUACAUGCAACAUGUCCUCCAAUCCCCCUCGUCCUCUUCUCCUCCAAGAAGUUCAACUUUUGCAGAUAUCAGACGACUCUCUGCGCAUCAACGAUACUGCUCAACGGAGCUGUUUUAACAACCAAUCAGGGAAGGCUGAUUCGUCAUUUGUGCCAUAUGAUAGAACUCAUCAUUUCAGUUACUCCCACACUCACAAUAAGUUCAUAGCCAUCGGAUGUGACAUAUUUGCUUAUAUCACAGAGCACAACAGUACAACAUAUGAAACCGGGUGUGCAUCGCUUUGUCCAGACAAUAACAUCACUGUUGGUUUUUCUUCUUCUGCUUGCACUGGCAUUGGUUGCUGCAGGACUGAUCUCCAAACGGAUAUGACGUGGUUUUAUCUGCGGAUUCGCAGCAUCAACAUGCUCACACCAGCCUGGAACUAUGAACCAUGUAGCCUUGCUUUCAUUGCUUUCCUUCUUGGUGGCCCUGCUGCAAGCUUUACUGCCACGUCCAUGUGAUAUUUUUUAAUUUUUUUUUCUUUUUCUUCUGAAUCUUUGCUCCAGCGAUACAUAAGAAAAAUCAAUUGAUAAUUUUUGCUUCAUGGAAA